GCGGGGCAGGGGCUGAGCUGCGAGCCGGGACAGCUGCAGGGACAUCAGCGUGUCCCCAGCGCCGUGCCAGGGCUGAGCUGCGAACCGGGACAGCAGCAGGGCCACCAGCGCCGUGCCAGGGCUGAGCUGCGAGCCGGGACAGCAGCGCGAACCCAGAGCGGUGCCCAGGCUGAGCUGCGAGCCAGGACAGCAGCAGGGCCACCAGCGUGUCCCCAGCGCCGUGCCAGGGCUGAGCUGCGAGCCGGGACAGCAGCAGGGCCACCAGCGUGUCCCCAGCGUGUCCCCAGCGCGGUUCCCGUCCCCACGAUGCUGCGGCUGCUGCUGCUCGCCGGGAUCCUGGGCUGCGGGGCUGAGCAGGCAGCUCCGCUCGCCUUCACCAUGCUGCAGCUGACCCGCGUCUACAAGGGCAAUUCCAUGUUCCGGGGGAACGCCAGCUUGAAUGGGCAGCUCAGCCAUGUCCUGGAAGGGAAUAAUGUCACCCAGGUGAUCCCGCUGGAGUCCCCGGACGCCUGGGCCCGGCGGCAGGACGAGGUGAUCGCCUACCUGGGGAACUUCAGGCAGCUGGUGAUGCUCUUCAACAAGGAGAGACCCACCGAUUUCAUCCAUCACCUGUGCUGCCACCUCGGCUGCCGCCUCUACCCCAACGGCACGGCCCAGAGCUUCUACGAGGUGACCCUCAACAGGACGGCGUUCCUGAGCUUCCACGUCCCCAGUGCCACCUGGGAGCGGCGCUGGCCCGGAGAGCUCCCGGUGGCUGCCUUUGCACAGGCCCAGCUGAUGAAAUACCCCAUAACCACGCAGGACCUGCAGUAUUUCCUCAACACCACCUGUGUCAGCCUCCUGCAGGCUCAGAGCGCCAGGACAGGAAGAGUCAGCGGCCGAUCGCGCACCCCGCUGGUGCUGGGGCUGGUGCUGGGCAGCCUCGGCCUGCUGGGCAUGGCCCUGGGCAUCUUCCUGUGCACGGGAGGGAGCUGCUAGUGUGGGCAGAUGCCCCAUGUCACCCCAUGGACACAGGGGAUGGACCUGUCAUCUCCUCGUGCAGCCAUCACCACCCCAUGGAGGCAGGGGACAGACCCAUCAUGUCCCUGGGGAGGCAGGGAUGGACCCAUCAUCUUCCCAAGGAUCCAGCAACUCUCCACGGAUCCAUCAUCACCCUGGGGAGUCAGGGAUGGAUCCAUUAUCUUCCCAAGGACCCAGGAACUUUCCAUGGAUCCAUCAUCACCCUGGGGAGACAGGGAUGGAUCCACCAUCUCCAUGUGGAGACAGGGAUGGAUCCAUCAUCACCCUGGGGAGGCAGGGAUGGACCCAUCAUCUUCCCAAGGAUCCAGCAACUCUCCACGGAUCCAUCAUCACCCUGGGGAGGCAGGGAUGGACCCAUCAUCUUCCCAAGGACCCAGGAACUUUCCAUGGAUCCAUCAUCACCCUGGGGAGGCAGGGAUGGAUCCAUCAUCCCUGCAUAGAGACAGAGGCUGGAUCCAUCAUCCCUCUGUGGAGGCAGGGACCAAGCCCAUCCCUGACAAGGGAUACAUGUCCCCAUUGCUGCAGGCUUUGCUCCCCAAGGACACCAGUGGCUUCCCAGUCCUGUCCCAGCUGGGCUGACCUCUCCAGCAGCCCCCAGCCCUGUGGAUGGUUCUCACUUCAGGCAAUGCACUGAGGAUCCACACAGAAACAUUGGGCAUGGAUGGGAAAAUGGCGGGGGAGAGGCAUGGGGGAAAGCAGCAGGAGGAACAGCCAUGGAAUGGUUAAAAGGAUGGUGUUAAACCCUCAUUCAUCCCUGUUCCAGUGGGGAUGGAGGCAGGAUGUCACACCUUGUGUAAUAAAACCGCCCAUCAGCUCCCACCA